CAUACUGCCGAACCGACUCGUAGACCGUAGAUUACGUAAAAUAGUUAUACGACCGACCUCAGCCGGCCGAUUCUUCCGAAAAUGACUUUCUCAGUGCUCGGGUACGAUAUGGGGCAAGAGGGAGGCAAAGGGGGAGGACUUUUUGCACAACAUUGUGUAUCAAACGUAUAGAGGUGAAUUGGUCUGGGUGGCGAAAGUAAAGACACACUAUAAAAGUGACUGAAGGUCUUCAUUCUGCAUACAGUUCAACCUUUGGUACUCCAUGAAAACGAUAAUGAAGCCAUUGUUCUUGUUAUUUUUCUUAGUCCUCGCCGUAACGGCAGAGGAGAAGAAGGAAGACAAAAAGCAGACAAAACGUGGAUUACUUUCCUUGGGUUACGGAUACGGUGGUGAUUACGACAACGGUUAUUCCUUGGGUUCUGGUGGUCACGGACUUGAAGGCGGAUACACUUUGGGAGGUGGACUCUCUUUUGGACAUGGUCACUAUGCUCCGAUCGACUUGGGACACAGCACUGCCGUUGAAAAGACCAUCACCGUUUUGAAGGGAAUCCCUUACCCUGUCACUAAGCAUGUGCCUUACCCUGUCACCAAGCACGUACCUUACCCAGUCAAAGUAGCUGUACCUCAACCAUACCCAGUCGAGAAACCUGUCCCAGUGCCAGUUAAAGUACCAGUUAAGGUGCCGGUACCAGUGCCACAACCCUACCCAGUUGAGAAAAUAGUACAUGUUCCCGUCAAAGUACCAGUCGACAGGCCUUACCCAGUUAAAGUACUGGUACCCCAACCUUACCCAGUAGAAAAACCAGUUCAUGUUCCAGUUAAGGUACUCGUACCACAACCCUACCCAGUUGAAAAGCAAGUACCUUACCCAGUUAAGGUACCAGUACAUGUACCACAACCCUACCCAGUUAUCAAACACGUCCCAGUCCCAGUCAAGGUACCAGUUGACAGACCAGUACCAGUACAUGUCCCACAGCCUUAUCCAGUGCAUGUCAUCAAGAAAAUCCCAGUCCCAGUUGAAAAGCACGUGCCAUACCCAGUUAAAGUACCAGUUGACAGACCAGUUCCAUACCCUGUCGUCAAGCCAGUAGGCUAUCCAGUCAAAGUACCAGUACCAGCCCCGUACCCAGUCGAAAAACCAGUACCAUACCCAGUCGAGAAGCCAGUCCCAUACCCAUUCAAAGUGUACGUUGACAGACCAGUACCCGUCGAAGUCGAAAAGCACGUACCAGUACCAGUUGCUAAACCAGUACCGGUCCCAGUUAAGGUACCAGUCCUGGUCCCAUACGAAAAUCACCAUGAACACCACUACGAUCACCACUAUUAAAAGUAAUCCACACUGUGUGUGUGUUUCAUUAUUUUGUAAUUAUUUAUGAAUUAGGUAAUACUACUUAUGAAUUAAUAAAUGAUGUUAUUUUUUCAAA